AUGGAGAAGACUGAAAAAAUUUGGCUGCUUGAGGCUGAUGCUGAAAACACGAAUAGAAAGAAAGAUGCUCGAGAGAAGCAAUUGUCUCAAUUGAAUGCUGACAAUGACAAUUUGACUAAGGCCAAAUCCGUUGUUGAUGCCAAAUUGGAAGACGCUGAAAGAGAAAAAGCUGCUCUUAAUGAAGAAGUUGAAGCCGUAAUUGAGAAGUUGAGAAUUACUAAGAACGACUUGGGAAGAACUAAAACCGAACUCGACCAACUCCAACAGAAUAUUGACUACCUCAAGAAGUAUGCCGACACCGAUGCCGCUGAUAAGAAAAAACUCAAUGGAACUGUUAAUGAGAGCAAUAAGAAGAUUGAGGAAUUGAGUGCCAAAGUCGACGAACUUUCUGAUGUUAUUACAAGAAGAGAACAAGAAGUCGCUGAAGCCAAUGAAGAGCUUGAAACAGUCAAGAAGGACAAAUUUGCCAAAGAAAAGGAGGCAAAGAAGUUGAAAGCAGAAAACGACGAAAUUAAAGAGAACAUGAAGAAAUUGGCGAAUGACAAAGACCAACUUUCUUCUGAAAAGAAGAAGCUUCAAUACAAAUAUGACCAUAUCAAUAACUUAGUUUCAGGACAUGAAGACGAGACCAACAACUUGAAUAAUUCAAUCAGAAAGUUACAAAGAGACUUAGAAGCAAACAACACUGAGUUGAAUGAAUUAAAACACAGAAAAGCUAAGGACAAGAAGAAAAUAACCGAUUUGGAACAACAAUUGCAAGACCUUGAAUAUAGACCAGUUGGGACUUCAAAUAUCGAUCAAACAGAGGUCAUCAAGAGAGACAACCAAAUUGCUGAUUUGGAAAAGGCAGUUCUUGCUUUGAAAGAACAGAACACUCAACUUGAUGCUGCUAAGAAGGAUAUGAAGAAGCAAUCAGUCGAAGACGCUUCAAAUAUUGAGAAUUAUAAAUCACAGAUUAAGGCACUUGAAGCACUAAAUAAGAUGGUUUGGGACGACAAAACUGAUGAUGAAAAAACUGCCGCAAACCAAUCUGAUAGAAAAAAGAAGAUGGAAGACCAAAUCAAAGCACUCAAUGCACAAGUAUUAUUACUUAAAGUUAUUGUUUUGAUUGUUUAA